GGGUCAGGGGUGUGCUGGGCAGCAAGUUGAUAGAAUUACGUGCUUUAAACGAAAACCUAUUAAAUCUUUGCUUUUCCUUUCUUUAUCUUAUUUUUUUAAUGUGUGUGUGGUUUUUUUUAAAUAUAUAUUGAAGUUUAGUUUUCUUACUUUUAGUUGAACCAGCCAAUAUAAAAGAAAAUCCAAGAUGAUUGACACAGUAAGCGGCGCUGAAGCCCUGCCCUUUGCACUGCAGCUGAAGGCUCUCUUGGAGCAGGAGGUCAGGUGUCAGCCGAAACUUUGUGGUUUGCGCGUCCUGGAAUCGGCCAUCGACAACGGCAUGAGGAUGACCGCAAAGAUGAGGGACUUUGAGGUAAAAGAUCUGCUGUCUCUAACACGCUUCUUCGGGUUCAGCGCAGAGACCUUCUCCCUCGCCGUGAGCCUGCUGGAUCGCUUUCUAUCCGUGAUGAAGAUCCAGCCCAAACAUCUGUCCUGUGUUGGCCUUUGCUGCUUCUACAUAGCUGUAAAGACCUCUGAAGAGGAAACAAAUGUUCCCAUGGCCAGUGACCUAAUCCGAAUCAGCCAGAACCGCUUCACAGUUUCAGACAUGAUGAGGAUGGAAAAGAUUGUCCUGGAGAAGCUCUACUGGAAAGUCAAGGCUCCUACAGCACUGCAUUACCUUCGACUCUUUCACAGCCACGUCCAGGAGAAAGUUGGCAGUCAAAAUAUUUCAGCCGUUGAGAGGCUUGAGGCCAAGCUGAAGGCCUGCCACUGCUCUUUUGUCUUCACAAAGCUACGGCCUUCAUUGCUUGCACUGGCACUUCUCGCUCUUGAGGUUGAGGAGCAGCAUGAGUCUGGGUCAGUGGAAGCUCUGAGAGAUGCGGUGAAAGAUCUUCAGCAGCGACUAACUAUUAAAGACGGGGAUUUGGUGUGUGUGAGGGAGCUUGUGUCGAAAUGCCUGACUGAAUAUUCCUCCACAAAGUCUUGGAAGCCCAACAGCCAGAGACUGCGCUGGAUCAUCUCAGGAAGAACAGCACGGCAGCUGAAGCACAGCUACUACAAGAUCGCUCAUCUACCCACAAUCCCUGAAUCUUCCUCUUAAACUGCAGUGUGAUGUUUUCAGGGUUUUUUUUUUUUUUUUUUUUUCUUUACUCUUGUGGAAUGUAGUGAUUUGUGUUGGCUUCCAUACAGAACUUUUGGUAUGAAAAGUGAAGCUCUGUAAGGAAACCAACUCUCCUUUUUUUUUUUUUUUUUUUUUUUUUUUCCUUUCUUUCCUUUUUGUAUAAGAAUGCAUGUUUGACUUUAGAAGACCUUAAGUCGAGUGUUUUGAUAGCCGUCGGCUCAUCCGGUUGAUCGGCUUGAGUGUGCGUACGGAGCACGCUCGUUUGAAUCGGUGCCUAAUGGUGCUGGUUGUUUAAAGCUGUUUAAAAGUAUUGAACCGCCUAGGUCCUCAGUCCACUGUGUGGAAGAGGAGGGAGAAGGGUUUUGUGAUUCAAAAUGAACAUCAGAGGAACCAAGAAAUCGGGCCCAAAACCCUUAACUUCCAUCCUAGGUUGUUACUGUCCUUUAGCACACUCCUGCCCAAGGUGAUUAUACACAAAAGUUCCUUUUUUCUUUUAUUAAUCGUUACUAUGCUCUGUUCAGAAGAAGCUGUGUAAUGUGACGUUUCGCUGAACAUUAACAUGACUGACCUGACUAGACUUUUACUUUUGUAGGUCAAAGGUUUAAAAUUAAACUUUACACACAGGGUCUAAUUGCUUCAAUUUAUUAAUUAGGACAAACGUAGUUCUUUUUGGUUCUGUAAAUCAAGGCUAAGAUUUUUCUCGCAGAUACUAACGCAGAAAAACAAUUAAGUUGAUUGAGUAAAUGAAGAAUAAUUGGAUGACUUGACCAAAAAAAAAAAUUGUACCCUGAAAGUGGACCUUUCAAUAAAACACUUAUUGAAAUGUUAA